UUUUCAUGCCCGCAGGAAUUUGGUAAAUGAGGGGUACUGUAUCUUUAAUUUUCCUAAUGUGUUUUAUGUGAAGUUCACAGGAGUAGCAAUUUCGGUGAACAGUAUUCCUUGUACUGUAGAGUGGUACUGGACUUGAACUGCAGUGUCAUCUAUUAAAAGAGCAUUACAAUAAAGCAAAGAGAAACCGAUGAGUGUGGUGUCCAUCUCCUGAAGGGGCUGCAUUCAUUUUAAAAGAAGCUGCCAUCUUUACAUGCCUCGAACUGGACUUCAUUACAGUGAAACGUGGCUUAAGCAAACCCUUGCAGGAUAUCCCCAAUUUGCUGGUCUCUCAUAAAAGUGAAGAAGGGUGUGACUCAGUUUAGUUGACACCGUGGAAGGAGUCCGGAAGCAGGAGCUCACUCAAUGCGGACAGUGUAAUUUUUUUACGAUGUUCACUUGAAAACUCAUUUGUGGCAAUGGGCAACCUGAGUGACAUGAGAUAAGAAGGCAGCCAAGUGGUGUCAUUCAUGUCUGGUGCUGGAAUCGCAUAUGUUCUUGACUGCAGCGCACUGUGAUGCAAACUGGAACUUCCUCAGUGAACAAAACCAUAUCGAAGCGACUUUCGACAGUGUGAAGGAUCUUGGAAAUGAAAAGCUCAGCCUUGCUGAAAGCUGCCUUUUGCCUGUUGUACAUGCUGGUUACGUGAAGGGUCCGACUGUUGCCUCUUGCCCCCCAAGCAUGAAAAUACAGGCCAGCCCAAGAGUAGCAGGUCUUCCUGGGCCUGUGGCCCAUUAGGUUUGCUUGAUCACCCCACAGGUCUCACGUGGCUGAUGGCUGCUGUAUCCUUUUCGUUCAGUCGUUACCCUGUUGAUUGAAUCGGUGACAUGCAGGCGCAGGGCCCCACUGUCUGCUCUACAAACCUGCAAAGGCACCGAGCGAGCCCUUUGGGAGCUCCCCUGCUGUGUUUGCAACCAUGGGCACGUUGAACUGGUUGUGGAUGACAAACCCAUCCCAUUUCCCUUGAUUUCCACCAGAGGGGACUCUUUUCCUACCUGGAAACUGUGUUUAAAGGCCGAAGCGGUCCACUAGUGCUAGCAGCUUGCUUGUGCCUCUCUCCCUGCCCCGGUGCUUGACUUGGCGUUCAGAUCGGCUGCUGUGCUAUUUAUUUCUCCCUUAUUGCUGUGGAUCUUGCAGGGGGUGAAUCUCCCUUCUCUCCAGCUGAGCUCUUGCAUCUUACUAGGUGAAGCUGGUUUCCAGGCUUAAAUAAUGUGCGUGUUUGGCACGUGAGAGUUAUCUUCGUUUCCUCCCAUGCUCCUCAGCCUCUCGUACACAGUGGUAGGCCCCAUUUCUGGCAAGCAAAGUGCAAGACUAAUUACACUAUCAUUAGUGUGUUCUUGUGACAUCAUAAAAUAGGCCAGGAGUACCAAUGCCAAGUGAUUAUUUCUGUUUCCAAAGUGUCUGGAGCUCUCCUAUCCCUGCACAAGACUUGGCUUCACAAGCAGAGGCGGCCCUCAUCAGACGUGCAUCAAGGAGCUCGGAGAGGCCCAGUGACACAACGGGCGAGCGCUGGGCUGCGAGUCAGCUGGGAGUCUCUGCUACUUGCCAGAUACAGGUGGUCUUGGGCAAGUCACUUAGUGCCUCUGGGGCUUUCUUUGUCCUGCCUCUAGUCUGUCAACAGUUGAGAGCGGAGGCUCUGUGUGUGCAUGUGCUCUGCCCAAUGCACUGGAGCCCUGAUCUUGGCUGGGGACUCUGGCUGCAUCAUAAUAAGAAUAAAUUGGCUCAAGGAAGAGGUUGCGACUUCCCCCUACCUUGCCAUAAUCACAUUUUUCUGCAUGGGCAGCACAAUUCACAGUCAGUCAAUGGGACAUCUCUGCCUCCCCAGCCCUCUUUCCUUGCAAUUAACCCUUUUGCUGUAAAAAUAAUAGCGGCCAUCUCUGCUGCAGGGUCUGCAGGGACAUGCCAUAUUCCAGGGGAUGCAUGGAGGUGACGAAUGCAGAUGGGGAUGGGUCGGUGUGUUUGGGGUUCUGGGAGAGGUGCAUUUUGUUGUCACCAUCAUUGCCUCUUGCUGGGGGAGCAGGAGUGGAGUGUGCUAUGGUGACAGCCCACUCGGCCCUCUCCUAUGAUACCGUGACCUCCUGCACAGACCCCAAUUUUGUCUUAGUGCAGCCAAGUCAUCCUUACAAUCACCAUGCUCCCUGUCUGGUGCUGCACUUCUGGAAAUGCUUUUUAUCACGAGGAUCUUCCUUAAUCUGGAUAUGCAGGACCUCUGAAACAGAUGCACCCACUUUCUCAUGGAGUGCCCCACUUGGUUUAAGGAGAAGUUUCCAUUUUGAUGGGUGUGAACACAACACUCUUACACUGGGUCCGGAGUUGCAGUGCAGAAACCAGUGGGUUAAACUGCCAACAGCUGCAAGACUGGAUCAGGAGCAACACAGCCAAGUAUAAACCUCUUUGGAAAAAGACAGAACAGUAUUGCAUCUGUGUCCACUCCAGACCCCAGGGAAAAUGGGACUUCAGUGAUGGAAAAGACCAGCAACAGCUGACAUGGAAACCAUCCCUGGGACCCAAUGGCCAACAAGUAGCAGGACCGUACAGGCUUCGCCUGCAUGAUGGAAAACUCAUUAAGGACCGGCGGUACCACCUUCGAACGUAUCCCAACUGCUUUGUAGCGAAGGAGCUCACAGACUGGCUGAUUGACCACAAAGAAGCACCAGACCGCGAGACGGGAAUCCGCCUAAUGCAGAAGCUAAUGGACCAUUACAUCAUCCAUCACGUUUGCGACGAGCACUCGGACUACAAGGACGCCAAGCUGCUGUACCGCUUCCGCAAGGACGACGGGACUUUCCCUCUCAACAAAGAUGUGAAGGUCUUCAUGAGGGGACAGAGCCUGCACGAGAAGCUGAUCAGUGUGGAGGACUCGAUACUGAAGGCGAGAGAGGAGAACGCCGUGAAGUACCAGAGGACAUUCCUGGGCUGUGAGAUGAUCGACUGGCUCAUCAAAGAAGGGGAGACUGCCAACCGAAAGGAAGCGAUAGAGCUAGGCCGGGCACUGCUGGAGCACGGGAUCAUUCAGCAUGUCUCCAGCAGGUACCACUUUUUCGACAGCAACCUCCUCUACCAGUUCCGGAUCAACUUCCGCCGGAGGCGGCGGCUCACGGAGCUGCUCAAUGAGAACUCGCCUCGGGCUUUGUCGGACAGCCCAGAUAGUCCCUUCUGCCUCCGGAAGCUCAACCCAGACCAAGGCAACACCAGCUUUCUCUCGGUGCAGCCCAACAAGGAGAUAAAACUCGUCUCAGCUGUUCGCCGAAGCAGCGUCACGUCUCUGGCCGGAAGCUCCAACCCUUAUUUCAGCGCUACCCCCAGCUUGGGCUUCCUGCCAGCAACUGAAUGCAACCCCAAAUCAGUGUUAAAGAGGCCUGUCACCAACGAGGAGCUCCUGUCCCCUGGGGCGCCGUACAUCAAGAAAACGCUAACCAUUGUAGGGGAUGCCGUGGGCUGGGGGUUUGUGGUCCGAGGAGGGAGACCCUGCCACAUCCAGGCUGUGGACCCUGGAGGACCUGCUGCUGCAGCUGGCAUGAAGGUCUGCCAGUUUGUUUUCUCCGUGAAUGGAGUAUAUGUUCUGCAUUUGGACUAUCCGACCAUCAGCAGCCUCAUCAUGACGGGACCCCGGACGCUUGUGAUGGAGGUCAUGGAAGCCGUGGAAUGAGCGGAGAAUUGUCUGCUCCUAAUCUCUGCUUCAAGAAAUAGCUCCCAAAGAGUGCCCAAAUCUCCCCUGUGUCCAGCCCUGAGCUGGGUAUCUAAGCUCCGCAGAGGGGCAAGAGUUGAGACACACGCCAGUGCUCGGCAUUUCAUUUUAGGUAUCUCUAA